AUGGUAACAACAACAAAAGGAUGCGUAACUCAAAUUAUUGGCCCUGUAUUAGAUAUAGAGUUUCCGAAUGGUAAAUUACCUAAAGUAUUUAAUGCAUUAAAAGUAGAAGGGCCAGAUAACAUUAUUACUUGUGAAGUACAACAAUUAUUAGGAGAUAAUAGGGUAAGAGCUGUAGCUAUGAGUUCUACUGAUGGACUACAAAGAGGUGUUGGUGUUGUAGAUACUGGUGCUCCAAUUACAGUUCCAGUCGGCAUUCCUACACUUGGUAGAAUUUUUAAUGUUCUUGGUGAACCUGUUGAUAACUUAGGCUCUAUUUCUUCAACUGAAUCACUACCUAUACAUAGAUCUGCUCCUUCUUUUGUACAAUUAGAAACACAACCUUCAAUUUUUGAAACAGGAAUUAAAGUAGUUGAUUUAUUAGCACCAUAUAGAAGAGGCGGUAAAAUAGGACUUUUUGGAGGGGCUGGUGUUGGAAAGACAGUAUUAAUUAUGGAAUUAAUUAAUAAUAUUGCAAAAGCUCAUGGUGGAGUUUCAGUUUUUGGUGGUGUUGGUGAGCGAACCAGAGAAGGUAAUGACUUAUAUGAAGAGAUGAAAGAAUCAAAAGUAAUUAAUGCUGAUAAACUUACAGAAUCUAAAGUUGCAUUAGUUUAUGGACAAAUGAAUGAACCACCUGGAGCAAGAAUGAGAGUUGGUUUAACUGCUUUAACAAUGGCAGAAUAUUUUAGAGAUAUUAAUAAACAAGAUGUUUUAUUAUUUAUUGAUAAUAUUUUCCGUUUCGUACAAGCAGGAUCUGAAGUAUCUGCUCUACUUGGACGUAUGCCUUCUGCUGUAGGUUAUCAACCUACAUUAGCGACAGAAAUGGGUGCUUUGCAAGAAAGAAUUACAUCAACUAAAGACGGUUCUAUAACUUCUAUUCAAGCUGUUUAUGUACCUGCUGAUGAUUUAACUGAUCCUGCUCCUGCUACAACAUUUGCACAUCUUGACGCAACGACUGUAUUAUCAAGAGGCUUAGCAGCAAAAGGUAUUUAUCCAGCUGUUGACCCUUUAGAUUCUACUUCAACAAUGUUACAACCUUCUAUUGUAGGAGCAGAACAUUAUGCAACUGCACAACAAAUAAAAUCUACUUUACAAAGGUAUAAAGAACUACAAGAUAUAAUAGCUAUUUUAGGUUUAGAUGAACUAUCGGAAGAAGAUCGUUUAACUGUUGCUAGAGCACGUAAAAUUGAACGCUUUCUAUCACAACCAUUUUUUGUAGCUGAAGUUUUUACUGGAUCUCCUGGAAAAUAUGUUUCUUUAGAAGAGGCUAUUAAAGGUUUCCAAAUGAUUUUAAAAGGAGAACUUGAUGAUUUACCAGAACAAGCUUUUUAUCUUGUUGGAAAUAUUGAAGAAGCUAUUAGUAAAGCCGAAACUUUUAAGUAA